GUGAUGUGUGAUUUGAUUUGAGGCAUCAUCUCGGGGUGUAGAAAGAGUGCGGCUGAGCUGGAUGCAGCCGAAUGAGUGUGUAUGGAGUGUGAGCAGCCACUGUGUAAAUCGUGUCUCUUUAACUGAGGUAUUCUCAGGACGGGGAGGGGGGUGGAUGGGUUCAUCGGGUUCAUGUAGUAUUGGACGCCUCCUCCCAUUUCAGGUUGGCUGCUUCCCUGGCUCCCUCGGUAAAAGGGGUAGCUGUGAGGCAAGUAGGUGAUGGAAAAUGGCAUGGAAGUUUGCAGAGGAAACGGCUAAAUAGUGGAGCUUGACCUUUAUUCGGGACACAAAAACCCCAUCAGCUGGUGAAUCCAAACUAGCUGCCAUUUUUAGGUCAUUCGAGGCAUCUCGCUAACUUGUGUGUAGCCCGCUGAAUGAAUCAGGCUGCUUCCUUCGUCUGUUAGUCGUCCAGUGGGAUGGAUGGGGGAAUCGCUUUGUCCUGUGCUGUCUAGUGGAGGAAUAUAAAUCAUGAUGGCUGAUGGAUGUUGCAGAGGGAUGGAAAGAGGCAGGGGUAAGAUUGCAUCAGAUUCUUUACCGAGACCCACAUAUCCCCAGCAAUAUGUCCAGACCGGCACCCAGCAGCAGGGCAAUGACAUCCAGGAGUUAGCUUCCAAACGCGUCGACAUCCAGAAGAAACGCUUCUACCUGGAUGUGAAGCAGAGUGUCCGCGGACGCUUCCUGAAAAUCGCCGAGGUGUGGAUCGGCAGAGGCCGCCACGAUAACAUCAGGAAGAGCAAGCUGACGCUGUCGAUGUCCAUGGCUCCCGCGCUGCGCUACUGCUUGGGAGACUUCAUAGAUUAUUACGCCCGGAUCGGACUGCGGGGGGGCCUCGCGCCUCCGCAGCUCGAGGAGCACAGUAAUAACGGGCAGCAGGGCCGCGCGCACGACUCCCGCAGGAGAUUGCAGGAGCAGCACGCGGCGCUGUCUCCCACCGGCUCUGCGGCGUCCGACGACCAUGCCCACCGGGUCCUCAAGAGCGAAUUCAUCGAGAGAGACAACAGAAAGUACUUCCUGGACCUGAAGGAGAACCAGAGAGGUCGCUUCCUGCGCAUCCGGCAGACUGUGAGCAAAGGACACGGCACCAUGGGCUACUACGGCCAGGGCAUCGAGCAGACCAUCGUGCUGCCCGCGCAGGGGCUCAUCGAGUUCCGAGACGCGCUGUCACAGCUCAUCGAAGACUACGGCGACGACGAGAGCGACGACCGCGGCCGAACCGGGACGAGGAACCACGACGACAACCCUGAGCUUCCAGAGGCUGCGUCCUUUAGGGUAGACAACAAGAGGUUUUACUUUGACGUCGGCUCGAACCGGUACGGUAUCUUUUUAAAAAUAAGCGAGGUGCGGCAGCCGUACAGGAACACCAUCACCGUUCCGCUGAAAGCCUGGGCGAGAUUUGGGGAGAAUUUCAUCAGGUACGAAGAGGAGAUGCGGCGAAUUUUCUCGUGUCACAAAGAGAAGAGGAUAGAUCCCCGGCAGGACAGUGAGGAGCACGAGGACUGACCUUGGCAGGUGGCUGUAUGUGCAUUUGCAUGUAUUCUAGGGAUUCUGUUCAUGAAAUAUUCACACGUGACAGUACCCUUAAAUACUCUCCAUGAUACUGUAUGUGUCCCCAAAUAACCCACGACAGGAUGCAGUGUCCCACGGUAACUCUUUGGCUCAUCUACCAAGGGCUGGUCAACUACAAAUUAUUAUCUGCCAAGAAGUCAUUCAUUCAUUCAAUCAUCCAUUCAUUCACUGACAAAUGUCAACUAUUCGUUUUACAGUGGCUUCAUUUCUCAGUGCUGUUUCAUGCACUUUAGUCCCUCAGCCAGGGGCAGCCCAAGACUAUUUGGGGCCACGGGGCAGAAUUGUAUAAUAAC